CAUGAAUCCCGACCUUGGAUAACAUAACCUAGUACUUUUGAAUUAUUACUCUCUUCCCAGAAUUCACUUCGAAAAGCCCUUUUCGAAUAUGAUUACUCAAGAAUACAUGGAUUCAUUUAUGAAGUGAUCGUGAAAGAGAGGAUUUGGAUGGAAACUGUGCUGGGAACUGCUUCGUGUGACACGCCAGAGAAAUCUGAUAUGGAUGGAAAGCGAAGGGCCUGCCCUCAAGGGCCCCACAUAAUUGGUUUCAAAUAAUCACUAGGCCAAAUGCCAAGUCCACUCGUUUUAAUUUGUUUCUUCUUCAAAAUCAUUUAAAUGAGAACGAAGACUUGGGAUUUUCGGAAAAUGCCUGUUCACACAGGCAGAGGAAAUCCCAGGUCUUAAAAUAGAUCUACUGUGUAGCUGACCUAGAACCGCUCUACCGAGGUAGGCUUUAUGAUAAUGUUUAUCGCGACGAAUGACAACUAAAAUGGCCGAGGACAAGGAGAAAACUAAAUUUCUAGGGACAGAAGACGGAGGGAAAUUAGAGGAUUCUAACAAAAAACACGAUACUACAGAUUACAGGACAAGAUGGCGGAAUUUCGCGAUAGUGAUGAUGAUUUUAAAUAUGUUGUUGUUGAUUAUCGCCUUGACUGUUGUUAUUGUGUGGCAAAAUGAUCGCGAGGACAGAGAAGUGGUACCCCAUCCCACGGCCCUCUGUCUUCCCUGCCAGGACCUGUCCCUUCAUACGGACGACGAUUUACUUAAUUUACAAACAUUCUCGGAGACAACGGAUUCCGACGGAGAGAGGGUGUGUUGUGCAGACACCCAGGAGCAGCUUCAAAAGUUGGUGGAUCUAUUUGUUACCAGAAAAUACCGAGAGGAUCGGGCUCGAAGUCCGCAGUAUGAAAUCAACUGUGCACAGAGUGUACGCUAUGAAGAUGAAAAGAAACAUUUUGCUGCGAGAGUAGUCAACGUAAAACGAGAAGACACAUUAAAACAGAAAGAUAAUGUAUUAUGGGACUAUAACGACGCCCAUUCUUUCAUCAACAACGGAAUCACCUAUUUCCCGAACACUGGGAGAUUCAACGUGUCCAAAAAGGGCUUCUACUAUAUUUACAGCCAGGUUACAUUCCAGAUGAAUAAGACCAUGGACCAAGAGGACGCUAGGUCUAUGUAUAUGUCUCUCUCACAUUUCAUUUAUCACCAGAGGGCGAACAUGAAAAAUCACCCUCCCGAAAAAUUAUUGGAAAGUUCGCAGUCCAAAUGCGAACUACAGUCCGAUCUAAAAACCAGCAACAGCACGAGUUAUAUCGGGGCGGUGUUUUAUUUAGAGAAAGGGACCGAGGUGAUGGUCAGAGUGACGGACUUUGACCGAUUGACCGAUUCCUGUUAUAGUAACUAUUUUGGACUUCAUAUGAUUUAGUGAGGAUUUCAAGGAUUAUAUAAAUAUAUAUGAUGCGAGGAUCACAUAGAUUUUACAAAUUGAGUGUGUCAAACAUUUCCAUAAUCUUUGAUUUCACAUAAACUCUGACAUUGAGUGUGUCAAACAUUUCCAUAAUCUUUGAUUUCACAUAAACUCUGACAUUGUAUCAUAAUUCACAAACUACAUGUCCAUACUGAUAAGUGAUUUAAUUUAUACCUGUGGCUUUAACUGACUUGUGAUGAAUGAUGAGAAUGGAUCAUACAUUUUGACCUUUGCUUAUCAUGCAUCAUUCACACUCCAUAAUGUACAUAUUUCAUUAUUCACAGUGCUGUUACUAAUAUAUAUAUAUAUUAGUAUAUACAGUGCUGUUACUAAUAUAUAUAUAUCAUAUACAUGUAUAUAUAUAUAUAUAUAUGUGUGUGUGUGUGUGUGUGUGUGUGUGAUAUUGUCAUGCUGAUGGAAUGUUGUGGCGAUUUAAGCUCAUACUAUUUGUUGCCCAUGUGAAAUAUAAUCCUCGUCUUUGAUGGUUGAAAAUACAUUGGAGACUUUAAUAUUCAAAAUAAAAUAUUCAAAAUAAUAUGGAUUUUAAAUGGUUAACUGACUAGGAUACUCAGCAGCAAAAAAAAAAAAAAAAGAAAA